AUGAGCCGUCUCAAGGCCCUCUUGCGGCGGGGCAAGACCGCCAGCCCGGUCAGUGAGCACGACUCGCUCCGACGCACGCUCGUACGGCGGCAAAAGGUCGUCGACCGCCUCGUCGCCUUUGGCCCCCACUUGGGCACCCUCCUCCUCGUCGCCGGCCUCGUCUACACGCUCGCCCUGCCGCUCAAGGAGCUCGGCCGCAAGCACUACAUCAGCGAGAACGCCCUCCAGCCAGGACAUGUCAACACGUACUGGAACUGGGCCGACGUCCACGUCGCAGAUGCGUACGCCGACAAGGUGGCGCAGUGGAGCAAACUCGAGGUGUCGGGCGAGCAGCGCAGCCGAGGCAUCAAGCUCGCGUUCGAGGAGCUCGGCCUGUCGACGGCGCAACAAGCCUACACGUUCGACCUGCCCAACAACUCGUCUCUCUCGGGCAUCAACACCUACGCCAUCCUGCCGGCGCCCAAGACGGACGGAGCAGAAGCUCUCGUGCUGUCGGCGUCGUGGCUGAGCCGGGCGAGGAACGAGGACGGCUCAAGGCGCGUCAACACUCGAGGCGUCGCGCUCGUGCUCGCGCUCGCCAACUACUUCAAGAAGCACUCGAUGUGGAGCAAGGACAUCAUCUUCCUCGUCUCGGACGGGCACGUUGACGGCGCUCAGGCCUGGCUCGACUCGUACCACGGCUUCAAGCAGUCGAACCUUCAGGCCGAGGAGCUCGCCUUGACGACGGGCGCCGUCUGGGCGGCUCUCGGCCUCGACUACCCGCACCACUCGUUCAGUCACAUCGGCAUGUUCUACGAGGGCGCCAACGGCAACCUGCCCAACCUCGACUUCCUCAACUCGGCGUCGCGCAUCCUGCGCGGCAUGAACAUCCCGACCCUCCUCCACUCGUACGACCCUGCCGCGACCUCUCCCCUCCCAUCUUUCCUUCGCUCCCUUCCCUUUGCCGACCACGCCGAGGUGCAGCGCUACGCCCACGCCGCACGGAACCUCUUCCACCAAGUGGCGCUCACGGCCGACGGGCGCAUCCUCGGGCCCGAGGGCACCUUUGGCAAGUACCGCAUCGACGCCAUCACGCUGUACGGCAUCCCUGCAGAGGGCCCGCACGGCUUCCACGUCCUCGGCAGAGCCGUCGAGUCGCUAUUCCGCUCGCUCAACAACCUCCUCGAGCGGUUCCACCAGUCUUUCUUCCUGUACCUCAUGACGUCGGUCGGCUCGUUCGUCGCCGUCGGCAACUACCUCGCGGCGCCCAUCCUCCUCGGCGCGGGCCUCACGGUCGAGGGCCUCGUCACGUGGUCGGCGGCGGCCGUGACGACGACGGCCAAGGAGGGCGGCAGGCCGCUCGUCAAGGCGGCGGUGGUCGUUGUCGGUGCGGCGGCGGCGGGUGCGGCGCAGCUUAGGCUCGUCGAGGCGGUCGACCCGACAGCGCCCAUUCACGUGCGCCCCACCUCUCUUUCUCGUUCUGUCGACUCUCGGACUGGCAAUUGA